UGAUAUUUUUCUAUGAUUGGCAUAUUCAUAUUUUGUAGAACUAUUCUCAAACUGAACACAUGAGGAUGUCUGGCAUGUACUGGGGCCUCACCGCUCUAGAUUUAAUGGGAAAGUUAGAACAAACUAAUAAGGAAGAAGUGUUAGAAUUUAUUGGACAAUGUCAAUGUGACAGUGGUGGCAUCAGUGCCAGUAUACAACACGAUCCACAUUUACUUUACACUCUUAGUGCGGUUCAAAUCUUGUGUAUGUAUGAUGCACUGGAUGUAAUAAAUGUCGAUAAAGUUGUGAAUUAUGUCAAAGAAAGACAACAAGCAGAUGGAAGUUUUGUGGGUGACCAGUGGGGUGAAGUGGAUGUCAGAUUUUCUUUCUGUGCCGUCGCUACUCUGUCACUCUUGAAUCGCUUAGAUGCGAUAGAUGUUGAGAGAGCGGUACAAUUUGUAUUGAAAUGUAUGAAUUUUGAUGGAGGAUUCGGUUCAAAACCAGGAUCUGAGAGUCACGCAGGUUUAAUUUAUUGUUGCGUUGGAUUGCUUUCGAUCACAGGGCACUUGCAUCUGAUAGAUGCUGAUCGCUUAGGAUGGUGGUUAUGCGAGAGACAACUACCUUCCGGCGGUUUAAAUGGCAGACCUGAAAAGUUACCAGAUGUAUGCUACUCUUGGUGGGUGCUGUCGGCGCUAACAAUUUUAGGUCGUCUUCAUUGGAUCGAUAAAAAAGGCUUGGUGGAUUACAUUUUAGUUUGUCAAGAUGUCGAAACUGGUGGUUUCAGUGAUCGGCCUGGUGAUAUGGUUGAUCCUUUUCAUACUUUGUUCGGCCUCACUGCGUUGUCGUUGUUAGACAAGAAUUUUUCGUUAAAACCAAUAAAUCCUACUUAUUGCAUGCCAGAAUAUAUAAUCGAUCGCUUAGGUCUUAAGCCAUUGCGACUCGACGCAUGAUUGUAUAUCUGAUAUGCUUUACAAUGUACAUUAAUUCAUUGUUAAUAUACGGUUGUAGAUUUUCCACAAGUGUAUUUCUGAAUUUUUAUUCGAUAAUUUCAAGUAUUCUAACUGCAGUUCUAAUUGUAAAAUAUUUCUAUUAUUUAUUUACAUUGCUAUUUUGUAGAGCAAAACUCCACAAGCUCAGUGCGUUCUCAAAUAAAUACGCGACUAAAUAUAUAAA